UACAGUUUUGGAAAUUUCAUUCUACCAGACAGACGAGACGGACAGUAGUACAAAGGUAAUAAAUACAAAAGCAACAUAGAGAAAUUAUUUUAUAGCAAAAUCCAUAUAGCCAAAAUUUCAGAAAUUGAACAAAUCACAUUACAAAAAACAGUGCCAAGGCCGCACACCGAAUCACAAUCAAAGGAAUGCAGUUUAAUCGAAUCCGAGCGAUACAACUAAACUGCAUGUCUAUAAUUUUUCAUAAAAACUUGCUCCCGAAAAAAAGCUGGUCCUGCUAAAUAUAUUACUUAAAUCCAGCUAGUGACACGUCGACUGCUUAAAAUUAACUAUGUUUUGUUUAACGUGUGUGGUUCUGGCUAUAUCUUUGUACAUUUAUAUGCGUUUAUCCUGUGGUAUUACCAGAAGUGCAACAUGUCUUAUAGGCAAAACUGCCAUCGUGACGGGCGCCAAUUCUGGCAUUGGCUAUCAGACUGUUCUGAAUUUGGCUUCAAGAGGGUGCAGGGUGAUUAUGGCCGACGUAGCUGAUAUGACACAAUCAAAAGAAAAAAUCAUCGAGUACACCAACAACCCCAACAUCGUGACGAAAUUCGUGGAUUUAGCGUCUCUACAAUCAAUAAGAGAUUUCGCCUCCGAUAUCAUAAAAACUGAAGACAGACUGGACAUUUUGAUUAACAACGCUGGAAUUGGUCUAUCCAGAGACAACAGGACUAAAGACGGUCUUCAUCCUGUUAUGCAGAUCAACUAUUUUGCUCCAUUUCUACUGAUUCAUCUGCUUCUAGAUUUGUUGAAGAAAUCUGCCCCAAGCAGAAUAGUUAGCACGAGCUCCUCUUUGGCUUUUUUGAAUACUUUGUCUGUGAAGAAUUUAAAUUUCGAUGACAAGUAUGACAGAUUUAUAGAUAAGUGUCUCAGUUACGCAAAUUCGAAGUUUGCUCUGAUAAUAGCUUCUGAUAUUUUUGCCGAGAGAUUGAGAGGUACUGGUGUUACUUGUAAUACGAUUCAUCCAGGAUGUGUUGCUACCCCUAUUAUAUCCAAUGUUUAUCCCGUUGCGGCUAAUGUAUUUAUAAACACUGUAAUAUGGUUAUAUACAAUUAUUUACUCGAAAUAUCCCUGGGAAGGUUCACAAACUUUAGUGCACGUUGCUGUUUCGAAGAAGCUCGAAAAGGUAACUGGGAAGUAUUUUUGGGAUUGUAAACCUUUCGUCAAACCGUUAGGAGCAUAUAAUAAACAGUUUUGUAACCAGAUUUGGCAAGCAACGGAACAGAUUCUUAGUCUGAAGCCGGAAGAAAGACUCUGAAAUGUUGUACACAUUUUGCAUUUGUUGUAACGCCUGGAAAAAGGCUUGUGGUUUUAAUAUGCGUUUAUAAUGACAAUGAAUUUCAUGUAGAUAUGUUUUCUCUUUAAUAAUAGUUAUUAUGUUUGUUGAA